UUUUUUCUAAUGUUUCGUCCAAAACUCAAAAAUUAUUGCGGGCAAUUAAAAUUUCGUUCUACGAGCCUUUUUUUUCAUAGAUGGAAGCGUAUGAGUUGGAAAUAAUGUAAUCAAAUCUCAAUUAUUAGACGUAGUUCUCAGUUUCCACUGUAUACGCUCAACUGGAGUGGCAGUUAUGAGAUAUCAAAAUCUCCGGCUAUUCACCAUUACACUGGUCACUGCGCGAUAAACAUUCCUAAAACAAUCCAAUUCCAAUCUAGAUUUUGUCCACUUUUUUGGUUCUAGGGUUUGAGUCGCAAUUUGAUGGUGAUAAGCGAGAUUAAUAUUUAAAAAAAAAAAGAGUGAAGAUGACAUCUGUGAAAACUAAUUUAGUGAUGACAGUGAUUGGAUUUGUGGUCAGCAUGUUGUUCAUAGUCUUCAUAUGCACCAAACUCAUCCGUGCUCGAAUUCGAUUGCGUGCUUCUCGUCGAAUUAUGCGUCGUCAUAUUGCUGCUGCUUCUGCUGCUACAUUUACUCUCAAUUCUUUGGAGGCAGGAAUGAAUGGUGUUGAUCCUCCAAUACUUGCCAACUUUCCGACCAAAAAGUAUGGCGAUGAUUAUUUUUCCUCGGCGAAUAGUGGGCAUAGGUGCUCCAUUUGCUUGGCUGAAUAUCACAAGGACGAUGUAUUGCGAAUUCUGCCUUACUGUGGUCACUACUUCCACAUCAAGUGUAUAGAUAUAUGGCUUUUACAGCAUUGCACCUGCCCUGUCUGUCGGAUUUCAUUGCGUGAAACGAAUGAGAAAAAACAAUCUAUGCAAUUAAUGUCGAGUUCUCGAUCUUAUCAUAACAGCAAUAUUCCUGCUGUAAGUCCCCACCACCAUUUUAGGUUUUUAUCAAGGACUUCAGAAACAGGUGGGGAAGAUGCUGUGCUAGAGAACCAGCAUUUAGAAGCAGACAUAAAUGACAUGGAAUUGCCUGAAGAAAAUGUCAUUUUAAAAACCCCACAAAUAAGCUUGUAGAGAGCCCACUGUCCAUUAUUUGCAUAGCUGUGGAGUGUGGGCAUUGCUGGAACUUUUGGACUUUCUGAAACAGGUUUUUCUCCUUUAUUUGGCUGUAACUUUAUAAAUAUCUUUUCCUUGGUGAAUUAUUUCAAGCUAUCAGGAGGAAUGAUGGUUACUAACUACUGAGUUCUACAAAGGCGAUAAACGAUGGAUGUUGGGCGUUCAUAAACCAUUAGAGGUGUUCAUUCGUGUCAUCGGGUAGAUUUAAAAUCAGAUCUUGUGUCCACAACUCCACAUUGGUAUUUAUAUAAUUUUUAAUUCAUUUUGAAGUCAAGUUCGGUUAUAAGGUCGGGUGAAUAUCGGAUCAUCGGGUCUGUUUUGAACACCUCUAUAAGCAGUGUUAUAUGAUACCUAAUAUCCUAGUAAAUUCUGAAUUGAAAACGAGAAUUGUGGAUGGUAUUGGACAAGCAAAUUUGCAAAUUCAAAAGGAAAUUAUGUUACACCACUCAAAAGUUCAGCUCAGCCUUCUUGCCCUUCGGAUGACUCGCUGAUUUUCUGUGUGUACUAUUCAUGUCUCGUGAUCACGAGAUAUUUCAAAGUCAAUAUAUGCUAUCUUAUAUAUUAUUUAUUAUCUUCUAAAUCAUGUUUUAUGUUGUAUAUCUAAUACCUAAAUUUGUGGCGAAAUGUUUUUAUUAGAUAGCCCAAAAAUACAACAUUGAUCACAGAUGAAGCGUGAAACAAACAAGUUGUAACAGCCCAAGAAUGAAGAGAUAUUAGUCAUGCUUUACCA